UUUAUAAACUUUAAUAUAAGCGACAAUUCCAGUCGGUAGGUGGCGUCGUUGAACUCCAACAAGCAAACCACCGAAGAAGAAACGCUCAGUAGACUGAAGUGUGGAGAAGUCGGUAACUCUGGUCCUUACAGGGUAAAGAUGCAGACGCCAGCGGAGUCAAUCAUCCACAGCGGAUAUUUCCACAAAACUCUCCGAUACUGGCAGAGCUGUGCCGCUGAUCUGAGGCCUGACAAUCUAAUCUACCCCAUCUUCAUCACAGACAGUCCAGAUGCAGUGGAGCCCAUCAACAGCCUCCCAGGACAAGCAAGAUAUGGGGUGAACAAGUUGGAGGAAAUGUUGAAACCGCUGGUGGAGAAUGGCUUGAAAUGUGUCCUGAUUUUUGGCGUCCCAGCAAAAAUAGCAAAGGACGACAGAGGAUCGGGGGCCGACUCAGACGACACCCCGGCCGUCCUGGCUGUUCAGAAGAUCAGAUCUUUGUAUCCGGAGCUGCUGGUGGCCUGUGACGUCUGCUUGUGUCCGUACACUUCACACGGACACUGUGGCAUCCUGAAUGACGACGGGACUCUGAACAAUGACGCCAGCUGUCUGCGUCUGGCUGAAGUCGCUCUGGCUUACGCUCAAGCGGGUUGUCACAUCAUCGCUCCCUCUGACAUGAUGGACGGACGAGUCAGAGCCAUCAAACAAGCACUGAUAUCCAACGGGCUUGGAAACAAGGUUUCAGUGCUGAGCUACAGUGCAAAGUUUGCCUCGUGUUACUACGGACCCUUCAGAGACGCUGCUCAGUCCAAACCCGCCUUCGGGGACAGACGCUGCUACCAGCUGCCUCCUGGAGCCAGAGGUCUGGCAGUCCGGGCCGUGGAACGAGAUGUGAGAGAAGGAGCCGACAUGCUGAUGGUGAAACCAGGUCUGCCUUAUCUGGACAUCGUGAGGGAAGUCAAAGACAAGUUCCCGUCUCACCCGCUGGCGGUCUACAACGUGUCGGGGGAGUUUGCGAUGAUGUGGCACGGAGCUCAGGCCGGAGCCUUCGACCUGAAGGCCGCCGUGAUGGAGGCCAUGACGGCCUUCCGCAGGGCAGGCGCUGACAUCAUCAUCACCUACUACACACCUCAGCUGCUCACCUGGUUGAAGGAAUAAAGAACGAAGACCUGAUGUGGACCAACAGAGACUCAGUUAAGCUAACAAAGGGCACUAAGGGAAGUAAAGCUAAUUCAAACAUUUACUUUAGGCCUUUUUCCAGCUGUUUGCAGACUGUUUAUCACUGAUUAUUUUAAAGCCAGUCCUGUAUCUGUUAGUCUAAGGGCUCAUACAGGGAAUGUAAAUGUCUAUUAUUGUCUAUUUUCGAACAGAAAACGUGUCUUUGGGAUCAGUCCUGUCUUCACUGAUGUGAUUAAGGAAUGUAGAUUUGGUAAAUGUGCGGCUGCUGUCUGACGUGGUUCGUACGUCGUCUCUGAAUAAAUAAGCUCUUAUUGACCAGAAUAAAUAAAACAAUCCAAUCAUGA